CUUUCGACCUAUUUUUCGAUCAAGGUAGAAAAAUAUGUUUUCAAGAAGCAUGAACAUAGAAUAAAGAAGCUGAUGUUUUGCAGAACGACGCCCGUAAGCGAACCUGCUCGUAGAAGGAAGAGGAGGAAUAGGUGUAAGCCUAGAAGGAACUGAAUCUUUGGGAGAAAUAAUGGGCGAGAGAGAGGGGGUGUCGGGGAGUCGGAAGGUGGAGGAGAUGAUGGAAGGAAUAGCAUCAAUAGCAUUGUUACCAGAAGGGUCCAUCUCGGGACACUUCAUCCAGCUUCCUCAUUCUGUCUGCUAUGGUCUUCAUGGCUCUGAGUUGGCAUGUGAAAGGGAGUGCAGUAGGGGUGAAGAUUAUCGUCUUAUCAAACUGACAAUUACAGAUUUCAGUAGGAAGAAAGAACGAGCUGUUGUUGUAGAGUGCAGAGGCCACGAUGCUGCUCGCUUCCAUAACAUUGACCAUGCUCAUGGUUGGGAGGAGGAUGUCAUGGGCAUGGUCGAACAAAAGGAUGCGAAGAGCAAAAUAUUGGUUACAUUUGAGUGUCAGACACUGAAAGCUGAAAAAGAAGCAGAAGACCACAUCAGGAGGUUCAUGCCAAAAUUAGCCGGGCUGAAUGCUGUUGUUAACAUUGGACGGAUGACGAUCUCUGGAUUUGACUCUGGAGCAGAGGAUUCAGAAACAGAGUAGGACGGACACCUAUCCUCUUUUUUUUUUUCUUUUUUUUUUUCCCCGAGAGAUUAAUGGGAAACAUUUUAACUUGGACACAUUCGGUUUAUAGCGUUUUUCUUCUUUUGUGAACAUUAAUUUUAAGAACGUAAAUGAGCUAGUAUGCGAAUCAUGUAAUAGAUGGGCAAGUGCUGAUCUUCAAGGUAAAAUGUUGGGCAUCCAUUUCCACACAGGUAAAA